AAGUGAGGGGAAUGAGAAAAGCAGGAGAUAAAUGCUCUAGUUCAUUCUUCUCUACAAUACAUUUUCCUUCUGCUUCUGUAACAUCAAAACACAAAGGGUUCACUGAAACAGCCAUGUUGCCUGAGAAGCUGCCAGGGAGAAAAUCUAAAAUCUCAGCCUCUCGAAAGCUCAUGCUAAAGAGCUUGAUGGUUGCAAAAGCCAAGGAGGAGCUGGAGCAGGAGAUGGAAGAAAAGGAGGAGCAAAAAGGAAAAUACCUUGAAGAGAAAGUUCCGUCAGUACAAGCUACUGGUUUGUCACUGGCAGAGCUAAAGGCAUUAUGUGAAGAUCUGCAUGCCAAACUAGAUGUAGUGGAUGAAGAACGAUAUGAUAUUGAAGCCAAGGUCUUACACAACACCAGAGAGAUUAAAGAUCUGAACAUCAAGGUGCUGGAUUUACGUGGAAAAUUCAAGAAACCGAAUCUGAGACGGGUCCGCGUCUCUGCAGAUGCAAUCCUGCGCUCCGUACUGGGCUCCAAGCACAAGGUGUCAAUGGAUCUGAGAGCCAACCUUAAAUCGGUCAAGAAGGAUGACGCUGAGAAGGAGAAGACAGUGGAGGUGAGUGAUUGGAGGAAGAAUGUGGAAGCCAAGUCAGGCAUGGAGGGCCGGAAGAAAAUGUUUGAUGCAGCCAAAGGCCAGACCCAGUGAAACUGCGGUCACAGAAGACAUGAUAGGUUUCAUUUUCUGAAAAAACAUUGCUGUUAGUGCAGACUGUUGAAUGUAUCCAAAACAACAUUUCAAGGUAUUUUAAUUGAAAUUGCUUGCAACAGUUGUUGGUUUUUAUUUUCUAUGUUACUGAAAUAAACAAAUCCUAAUAA